ACAUUUCCCAAACUCAAUAAACCUCUUUUCUUCCCACUUUCCUUCUUCUCCCCAUUCAAUCUCUACAAACUACAAUUAACACAUUCAUACUACUCCACAUUCAAUUUUAAAAUCCCAUUAAUAUAUUCACACACAAAUAAAUACCCCACCAUAACUUUUUCUCUUACACUCCUACUAAUAUUUAUAUAAGUAAUUUAAUCUUUGGCAAUUGAAAGAUCAGAAUUUGUUGCCAUGUCUCCGACGUUGACUUCUCAAGGAGUAGUCUUGGCCACCGCCACCGCCAUGGCCGUCUCCGCCGGCACCGCCGUCCUCUUCGAUCUCCUCCGCGACAAGUAUUUCCCUCCCAUCUCCCAAAUCCAUCAAAAGAAACUCCUCAAAUCUUGCCUCUCUUCAGGUGGCAACAGGAGGAAGAAGAAGAAAAAGAAGGUGAAGUUUGCGGAGGAUGUGAAGGAACCGGAGGGGAAUGGGGAACUGUACAGAAGAGCAGGGAGGAAGAGAAUGGAAAUACAGAAGAAGAAUGGGUGUGGAAAUGAAUUGCCGCCGAAUCAUGCUGCGCUCUACCAGGGGAUUUUGAAGGGUCGUAUCAACAGAAUGGGGUAUUCCUUUUGACUAUUCAAUACUUACUAUUAUCAAUUAUUGAUUCAAGAUCAAUCACUCUUCUUUUUUUUUUUUUUAAUUACAUGAUAAAUCAUUGUAAAUAUUGAUUAGCUGAUGCUAAUACUAAUUAGUGGAGUAGUGUGUAUAAAAUUUUCUGGUCUGGAUUGUUGCCCAAUGAAUACCCCUAAAUUUCUAUGAAUUUUAUUUUAUUUUGGAUUUUUUA